GAUAGCAGUGAAAGACCAAUAGAUUGGUUCAACAUCAAGACAAUGGUCAAGGAGGUAAUAGCCGAGCACAUGAAGCCCCUCUCCGAUAUGGUCCGGCAGGAUAGGGAUGACUACUCAAUACUUAACAACCAUAUUGAUUACAUGAACCAGAAGCUUGAUGACCUCCAGAAUGGGAGUAAUAGGACUAACAAGAAACUUCACGAGCUCCAUCUCUUAAGGGAGAACCUUACUGAGCUUCAGACUGACUUGUAAUGAACCAUGUAGAGCAAGAAUUCAAGGAUGCUGACAAUAAAAUUCAGACCCAGAUUGAUAACAUGAAGGAGAAAUUCUUUGCUACCAAGUCAGACCUUGAAGCCCAACAAUUUGCCAUUGGGGACGUCAACUCCAAAGUGAUAGACCUCAAUAUGUUUGUUGCAACAUUGAAUAGUAAGAUUUUUGUGUUAAUCAUGUAGAGGAUCUGAUACAGGUAUUGCUGCCACUGAAAUUUAUAGAGUACCAAAACUGCAAACAGCAAUCAGGAAGCAAUCAGUGAUAUCGAACUGGCACUGGGCAAGAUCAAAAUAGAUAACAAGAAGAGAGACCACAGCAUCGACAACAACCAUAGUACUUUAAAUGAACUUCAAGAUGCCAUUGCUUUGUUCAAUGAAAAGUUUGAUAAUUUUAAUCUAGAGCACUUGGUAUCAUGCAAAGCUGAGAUGGAAGAAUUCACCCAAUUUUCCAACUACACCAAGAAGGAUUACCUCAUGCUCCAAAACAGAGUGGAUGAGAUAGAGGUUGAGCUACGAAAGACAGAUAAUUACAUUGAUGUUAAGCUCCCCUUCGUAUUCACUACACUUUCAGGAGAAGUCCUUCAUCACUGCUUGUCAAAGAAAGCUGACUUAUACAAACUAGAACAGUACAUGAAGCAGAAGUUAAAGAAACUUUCUGAGAAGAUCACUCAUACUGAUGGGUGGUCUAUGGGGUUCAAGGACACUGAUGAUUUCGAUCCUGAAACUGACCAGUGGCGGUCAGAAGAUAAGCAAAUAAUUGAGGAAGAUUCGGACCAACCCUCUGAUACUUCUCAUUUGGGGAUCAACAAUCUUCAAAGAAAAAGCUCAGCUUCCAGAAGAAGUUCAGCCUCUAGAAGAGAGUCAGCUAUGAGAAGAGCUAGCAAACUAUCUAUCAGGCCAGACUCUGGGGAUACUAAAGGCCAAGUUCUAUCUAAAGUACGGAGGGAUUCUAAAGUUCCAAAAGUUCAAAACAUCUCCAAACAAAUUCAGAAAUUAGCUGAAGACCCAGCCGAGGAAAAGCAAGCUGAUGAGGCCAAAGAUAUCCAGAAGAGGGAAGUAUUGAACUCUCAUAAGAAUCUUCUUAAUCCACGCAAGCCUUAUGUUCUUAAGAGCUCUCGGUCUCGGAAGAGUAGCACAUCAUCUCAAAAAUCUAAGAAAAGUAGUAGAUCAAGGAAGCAUUCCGCCAACUCGAAGAGAAGAUCCAGGAAGGCAUCAGAGGAGGCUAAAUUAGAUAAUAUUAUGGAUGCUCCAAGGGUUAAGCAAGAUUCCAUGCUCAAAGUCAAUGUUGAAAACCUAGCUUCGAAUAUUGGCUCCGAAGAAAGCGAGUCCUCUGGCCAAAAUGAAGCCUCAAAUAAAAACAAGCAGAAUUAUGGCUAUAACUUCGAAGAAGUAGUAGCCAAGCUAUUGCCUAUUCUCAACCUUGAUGAGAUAGAGCAGAAGUUAGAGACUCUCAUCCUUGACACUAAGGAUGAGCUGGUUGACCUUAUUCAGGAAGAAUCUCAGCAAAAUCAGGAGCAGACUCAAGAACAAUUUGAUGAAUUGAUCGAAGAAAUGACCGAGAAAACUCAGUCAUUCACUAAUGAAAAGGUCGCAGAGUGUGCUAAAACUUUUGAGGGCUCCCUUCAGGAGCUCUCAACUAAAGUUCAAGCAGAGCAUGACCAGAUCAAGGAGCUUAUAAAGACAGAGAAAAGGUCAGUUGAGCAUCUAGUUUCAGAUCGAUGCGAUUUGCUCAUGGAAGAGAUUGCUUUUGAAGUUAAGAAAAGAGUUAGAAAUAUUUCAGAUCUUCAGAUGGGUAUUGAUAAAGUCGCCACUCAGCAAGACAAAAUGAAUGAUACCCUUAGAGUAGUCAAAGAAUCAGUGGAUAACAUCUCAGAGUUUACCUUAAAGAUGGUUGAUAUAAUGUCACUUGACCUUGCUUUCUUACAACAUGAGGAGAAAAACAUCAAAAGAGUUCUUAUGCUAACCUCUAAAGAGCACAAACUUGGAUCUAAGAUGCACUCUCUUACUGUGGAUGAAGAGACAAGGGGAUAUGACAGCCGAUUUAUCAAGCUGAACCAUGACAGAAGCUCCAUGAAUAUCAGCGAUACAGACAAGGAUUGCUUCAAGCAGAUCUCUAUCCUAUCUGCUUUCAAAAUGGCUUGAAGCGCAUAUAAUUCUAACAGAAUUGUCUAUAAAUCUGAGGAAUUUGAGAGGAGCAGUCUCCAUUCAGUCCUGAAGCAGACCUUGGAUAGCCUAUCCGACAAGAUGGAGGAAAUAUUACCUUGGAAGUUGACCAAAGAAAAGCCUGAGAGGAUGUUCCAAGGAGUUAAAGAUUUUUCCAUACCUCUUCAAGGGAGUGCGAAUCUGCUCAAAACUCUUGACUCUCAGAUGCAGACUGAUGAUAUCGAUACUGAUUACUUUGCGAAUAAAGAGAUUUUUAAUACUCAAACUGAAGGAAAUAGGAUAAAGACUCCAGCUCUUGGUAAGACACUUGCUGACAAUCUAGGCUCUCUUGAGUACAGAAUCAAGAGUAGUCACAGGCAUAAGAAGAGCAGCUCAUUUAUCAAUGAGUACUCUUCUGCUUCGAAGAAGUACAAGCCCAGGUCUGCUCUCAGAAAGACUAGAGAAAAUAAGUCCCAUAUCAGAAUAAAUAAAGUGAUUUUACAAAAUAUCCAAACUGCUCCGACUAGACUGACGCUUGAAAAGGUGCAGAUCCCUAAUAGCAGCUCACUUCAGAACCUUGAGGCUGAUAAUGAGGAGGUCAAUGAAGUCAUCAGUGAAAGUAUAUUCAACGCAGCCUCUAAUAUUAGUAAUCCUCGCUUUAAGAUACCCAGGAACUUAAAACCAUCGAAUAGCUAUCAGUUUGGAAAGAGGAAUAUGGCUAAUUUAAAGAAAACUUUGAAGAAUUCCCAGACAAAGGUUAGGAAUAGAAAGAAAUUCUCAGUCACCUACAAAAGUAGAGAAACUUCAUACGAAUAA